AUGAGUGGUUGUUUUCGAGCGGUUGCCGGCAUUCGAAUGCAUCCCCACUUAGAUCAAUUCAACCUUCAAUUCUUGUCAUGCAAGUACAACUUUUCCAUGGCUGUACUCAGCAGUCUCGCCAGGCUUUUGCUCGGCGCGAUCGAUGUAACACCAGUCGCCUGGCCGUGGCUUGCAUUCGAGCGGCGCCCGCACGUCUCUUUAUGGCGACAAUAG